AAUUUUGCCUGCAGUCAUGUUCAGAAUAUUACACUUAAUGGAAGAUUACAGGAAAACGUAGAAUGUCUGGGUAAUAGAGCAGUUUAUUGAAGCAGUGCUAUAAAGGGGCUUUGGAAAGAAAGGUAAAUACAACCUGAGGAUCCCCUGGAGCCCAUGGUUUCUCUUAAAGCAGUGGAAUGUUGCCCUAAUCUAUUCCCAUUGGUCAGGGAUGUUUUUCCAGAUGGUUAGCUUUUUCCAUAAAAGAUAAGGAUUACUGGACCUGACACACAUUUGUGAGAGAAGUCUCAGAAAGAGCUUUGCAAGAAAAUGGCACCCACUGUUUAUGUAGUCAUACUGUUUUUAUGCCUCGGGUUGAUGUAUCCUGUUGUGACUGGGACUUUUAUGGACAAACUUGCAAGCAAGAAGCUAUGCGCUGAUGAUGACUGUGUCUACACUAUUUCCCUUGCCAGAGCAGAAGAUGAUUACAAUGCACCAGACUGCAGGUUCAUUAAUAUUAAAAAAGGGCAGUUGAUUUAUGUUUAUUCAAAGCUAGUGAAAGAAAAAGGAGCUGGAGAAUUCUGGGCUGGCAGUGUUUACGGUGAGCAGUAUGAAGACCAGAUGGGGACUGUUGGUUACUUCCCUAGCAGUUUAGUCUCGGAGCAGCAUGUCUAUCAAAAAGCAAAUAAAACCAUUCUCACAACGGUAAGGGGUCUGUGAAAGGCCAGCUGGUUCUAUAAAUACACUCAGGUAUGUGAUGCAACUUCAUUAUAACAGCAAAUCAUGGCUGUGGCAGUACAACAAAGGCCUGUUGGCUGUAACAGUAAUGUUACACAGAUGUUUGGGUAUCUGAUCCUGCUGUGUCCUUAGGUGAGUAGUUCCAUUGAAAUCAUAACUUCAACUCUGAUCGUACAAGCAUUUAAGCACUGUUAAAUGCUCCAGAUGGGGCUUGUCAAUGGAAGGACUCCUGUUGACUUGAAUGGCUGUAGGUUCGCACAACGAACUUCAUACAAAGCAUUGCCAGUGUAUAGCAGGAUCUUUAUUGUUCUUGCAAACCAAAGGAAACUUGCUUGCAGCAUAGCAGGAGGUUCUGACCAUUCUGCCUUAACAAGGUAUACAGAGGCCAUCUGUCUUAUACAGUAUUUCUGCUUUGUUGUAGAGUAUUUCUCCUGAUAAGUAGAGUGAGGAGUAUAGAGAUCAGAAUGACUUUUGUCACUUCCUUCAAUAGGAGCAUGAAUAAGCCCCUAACAACUACUCGUGAAAUGUCGCCUUUUUUACAAUUCAAGCAUUUCCAACUUUUUACCAUCAAAGGGGAUUUUUUCCUUAUUUGUUUUAAACUAAGGGCUUUUCUGUUUAGUCAAACCGAAAAAGGAAAGUCCCGGUUAAUUUUAAAGACUUCAUAUAAUCUGCUUCCUCAGUAGUGUUUACUUGCUUAUACAAGGAAGUUAUUGGCACAUCUUUUAAAUGGAAGAUUAAAAAGUGAUUGGAAACAUAUUCAGGUGUUUGUUUUGAAACAGCCAAACUUUUUUUAAACAUUUCUUUCUGUUUUGUUAAAAUCCGAGAACUGUAGCAUUUCAUGAUUUCUAGUUCAUUAUUUUUAGCUCUAUUAAAUACCUGAAAUCUGCUUAUACA